CCACCCCACCCCGAGCGCGCGGAGACGGGGGUGGGUGGGGAAAGCUGAGGGAAACAACCGUCGCCGCCCCUUUGAUAGAGACCGAGCAGCAUCCUCGUCCUCCAGGGCGGGAAGACGGCUCUGAGGAGAGCGGGGCUGAGAAUCUGACAGCUUCUGGAUAGCAGUUCAGGCUUUCUACAGCAUGUCUGGCUCAGUAUGGAAUGAUGGCAUAUGGAUCUCAUCAGCAUACUAAAGUCACUUCACUUCAAGACAACAGCGACUUCAGAUAGAUGUUAAAUAAUAUAGGAGAGACCCCUGAGUCUUGUGGCAUCCCAUACAGAAGCAACCAAGGAUUCAAGUUCUGUUCCUCCAUAAUUAUUGACUGCAGCUGCUGAUUCAGUAAUACGCUAGAAUUUAAAAGAACUUCUAUGGGCAAUACAUUCUGAAGACACCUUUCUCUCAAAAAUUGGCCCUUCUGAAAUCAGUCUUUGUAGAAUAUUGCCAUUUAUCAUCCAGAAAGGAAUACACGAUCAGAAUUACAAAUGUCUACCACAAGACUAAAGUGUGAUAGGUUAUGUUCCUUACCAUAAGCACCCAUAAAAUGAGCUCCAUUGCAGACAGAGAUGAUGGCAGCAUUUUCGAUGGUCUCGUGGAAGAAGAUGACAAGGAUAAAGCAAAGAGAGUAUCAAGAAACAAGUCUGAAAAGAAACGCAGAGAUCAAUUUAAUGUACUCAUCAAAGAGCUGGGAUCCAUGCUUCCAGGCAAUGCUCGAAAGAUGGAUAAAUCCACUGUAUUGCAGAAAAGUAUUGAUUUUUUAAGGAAGCACAAAGAAAUCACUGCCCAGUCAGAUGCCAGUGAGAUUCGACAGGACUGGAAACCCACAUUCCUUAGUAAUGAAGAAUUCACUCAGUUAAUGUUAGAGGCUCUUGAUGGUUUUUUUCUAGCAAUCAUGACAGAUGGAAGUAUAAUAUAUGUAUCAGAAAGUGUAACCCCCUUACUUGAACAUUUGCCAUCUGACCUUGUGGAUCAGAGUAUAUUUAAUUUUGUCCCUGAGGGGGAACAUUCAGAGGUUUAUAAAAUACUGUCCACACAUCUGUUGGAAAGUGAUUCAUUGACCCCAGAAUAUUUAAAAUCAAAAAAUCAACUGGAGUUCUGUUGCCAUAUGCUCCGAGGGACAAUAGACCCUAAAGAGCCACCUACAUAUGAAUAUGUAAAAUGCAUAGGAAACUUCAAAUCCUUGAGUAACAUGCCUAACUCUGCACAUAAUGGUUAUGAAGAAACCAUCCAACGACCUCAUAGGCCUUCGUAUGAAGACAGAAUUUGCUUUGUAGCUACAGUUAGGUUAGCUACACCUCAAUUUAUUAAGGAAAUGAGCACAGUAGAAGAACCUAAUGAAGAGUUCACCUCCAGGCAUAGCUUAGAAUGGAAGUUCCUUUUCUUGGAUCACAGGGCUCCACCAAUAAUAGGCUAUUUACCAUUUGAAGUGUUGGGGACAUCAGGCUAUGAUUAUUAUCAUGUGGAUGACCUGGAAAAUUUGGCAAAAUGUCAUGAACAUUUAAUGCAAUACGGGAAAGGGAAAUCCUGCUAUUACCGAUUCCUCACAAAAGGCCAGCAGUGGAUUUGGUUGCAGACUCAUUACUAUAUCACUUACCAUCAGUGGAAUUCUAGACCAGAAUUUAUCGUGUGUACACACACGGUAGUAAGUUAUGCUGAGGUUCGAGCAGAAAGGCGGCGUGAACUUGGCAUAGAAGAAUCUCUGCCAGAGAUUAUAGCAGAGAAAAGUCAGGAUUCUGGUUCUGACAAUCAUAUAAAUACAGUGAGCCUCAAAGAAGCACUGGAGAGAUUUGAUCGCAGCCCCACACCUUCUGCCUCCUCUAGGAGUUCCAGGAAAUCUUCUCAUACUGCCGUUUCGGAUCCUUCAUCAACACCAACGAAGAUGACAAUGGACACUAGCACUCCUCCAAGACAAAAUUUAUCAGCACAUGAAAAGCCUGCACAAAGGAGAGCUUCGCUUGGUAACCAGUCUUUAAAUUCUCAAUCCGUUGGGCAGCCUCUGGCACAACCGAUGAUGACCCAGCCUGCAACUUUACAACUUCAGCAAGGCAUGUCUCAGCCAAUGCUUCAGUUUUCUGCUCAAUUAGGAGCUAUGCAACACUUAAAGGACCAAUUGGAGCAAAGAACACGAAUGAUAGAAGCAAACAUCCAUCGCCAGCAAGAGGAACUGCGAAAAAUACAGGAACAACUUCAGAUGGUCCAUGGACAAGGUCUCCAGAUGUUCUUGCAGCAAUCUACUCCGGGGUUAAACUUUGGGUCUGUACAGCUAGCUUCUGGAAACGCAUCAACUAUUCAACAGAUCACACCUAUAAGCAUGCAAGGCCAGGUUGUUCAGACCAACCAGAUCCAAGGUGGCAUGAACAGCGGACAUAUUGGUUCUCAGCACAUGAUGCAGCAACAAUCUCUGCAAAGUACCACAGCACAGCAUAAUCAACAAAACAUUCUCAGUGGGCAUAGUCAACAGACGUCUCUAAGCACUCAAGGCCAGAACACGCUAUCGGCCCCAUUAUACAACACUAUGGUAAUUUCCCAGCCGGCUCCAGGAAAUGUAGUCCAGCUUCCUUCAACUCUACAGCAGACCAAUAACCAGAAUGCUGCCAUCACCACAUUUGCCCAGGAUAGGCAAAUCAGAUUUUCCCAAGGCCAACAGCUUGUGACAAAAUUAGUGACUGCGCCUGUAGCAUGUGGAACAGUAAUGGUCCCAAGUACCAUGUUUAUGGGGCAGGUGGUGACUGCUUAUCCGACUUUUGCUGCACAACAGCAACAGCAGCAGCAGCCACAGACAUUAUCAAUACCGCAGCAACAGCAGCAGCAACAAGAACAGCAGCAGCAGCAACAGGAGCAGCCCCAGCAGCAACUUGCUUCAGUUCAACCUCCAGCUCAGGCUCAGCUGACUCAGCAUCCUCAACAGUUUUUACAGACAUCCAGAUUACUUCAUGGAAAUCAGUCGACACAACUGAUUCUUUCUGCUGCUUUCCCACUACAACAAAGCACUUUUGCCCAGUCGCAUCACCAGCAGUCUCGGUCACAGCCACCGCGACACAGAGCUGACAGCAUGACGGAGGCUUCUAAAGUGCCACCCCAAUAGUGUGGGGGCUUUGCUACUGGGAGCAAGACUGGCAGGGGAACUGCUCAGUUUGUAAUUGCACUGGAGACGGUGAGAUAGGAGUCGACAGAUUUUGCAAUGCACAGUAUUGAAAUUCUUUUAACUGUCUGGAAUGUAUCUGCUGAAGAAAAUUGGACAGAGUGCUAUGGGAGUUCCAAUAGGUGUAAAGCUGGAGGAGAUGACGGGACAGGGACAUGCUGACCUUUGCCAGGAAUGUAAUUGCUCUGGUUUCUGUGUUUGGCUUUUCUUCAACGGCCAUGAGUUAAUUUGUCCAGAUCAAAGUCAAAAUGUUCAGUGGACUAAACAAGAUACUUACAAUUAAGUUUGCUCAGAUUAAGUGUUAUGAUGGACAUGCUGUUGCUACAGCUAUUUAAGUAUGCCUGCAAUUAUGCUCCAAAGCAAAGUUAAUUUUUUUCAUAUUACAGGACAGUAAAUAUUUUCAAAAUAUUGAAUGGAAUCUAUCUUCAUUGUACAGAUACUGUAAAAUACUGUGUAUAUGUCUGGUAAAAAGCAAGAGAGCAGGAUAUUUUAUAUGAUGCAUGGAACUUGGUUUGAAUAUGUUUUUUCCCCAAAAUUUCACCAAAUGUUCAAACUACUGUUUUCAUCUGUUUUAUACCUGUUUGUCUUCUCCAUCAUGGAAUCUGUAACCUGCACGAUCAUUUAUUCUCAUCUGUAAUGUGGGCACAAUCUCCUGUUCGUGGUUUAUGUGUAAUGUCCAGUUUGUUCCAUGAGGUGAUAGUGCGUUCAGGUUUGUGGAACUUUUUGCAAGUUAAAUUAUUGAUGAAACUCUUUGAACUGUGGGGGUUCAAGGCAUUCAAUUUCAUAAAUACCAUUUGUCAUGUAUCAUUUCAUGAAUAUUUUUUUCUUUGGAAAAAAAAUAGGAAUUUGCACUGCUCUGUUUUUGAUGGUUUGGAAUUUUGAUUCCCCAAAGCUGUCUUUUGAUAUAAUACAUAGUUGCAAAUAUUUAUGUAAAACAUAUGGUUUAAAAUAGGAACAUAAUUUUCACAAAUGACUCAAAUAUAGGAAUAAUUUGCACAAAAUAUAUUUAAAUUUAAUAAUUGUAGGCACUUUUUAACUUCUCUGCCGUGGGAAAUGUGAUUUCGGAAUUUGUUGGAAUCUUUUUAUUCUCCUGUAAAAUGUUAACCUUUAUUUAAUCAGAGAUAAUUCAGGGUCAUUUGAAGCAGAACAAAUAAUAAAACCUCCACAGUGCCUUGAUUUUGAUUCAGGUAGUAGUGCUAAACAUACUGAAUUACAUUAUCUAGAAUUUAUGAUCGUAUUUGAAAUUUUAGUUCACUGACAAAACAUGCUUCCUAGAUAAGUCUCUAUUGUAGUUGUACAUAUAAGUAUUUUAAAAACUGUACAAAUUGACAAUUGAAAUGUUUUUAAAAUGCUGCGCUCUCCUUCUCAACCAUUCAGUAAGGGGAUAGCUGCAGUGUAAUUACUCACAUUUCACAAUUUGAAAUUAUGCAUUUAAUUUUUUUCUAAAUUUAUGCCAAAACAUGUAUGUGAGUAACAACACAACUAACUCGUAAAGCAAUUUAAAUUGAGUUACCUGAAAUGAGGUGGAAUACCUAAAUAAGAUAUAAAGGGAUAACAUUGUAUUAAGACUUCAGAUGACAAAUUCACUUCAUAAAGAUAAUAAAAAGAUCCAACUGAAAUUCUGUACAGAUUUUUUAAAAAAAUGUUUUAAUAUAUUUUAUGGUACUAGUUUUAAAAUCCACGUCUGCAGAGCAAAAUAAGUUUGAAAAGACUUAUAAAUUGGGCAUCUAAAAGAAAAAAAAAAAGUAUUGGAAUCUCUGAAUCAAGAAAGAUUGGGUAAUAAAGAGGAGCUUUAUUAAUGUAACCAAAGUUAUAGUGAAAGCCGCAAAGAAUGUAGUGCUGUUUGGACAAAGAAACAUCUUGGUAGAAAAUACCAAAUGUUUUAUCCUAAGGUUAAUUUGAAUGCUAUUCAGGUAUCAUGCUAAACUAUCAGCUUAUCUUAGUUGAAAAUGUGCCCGUGUACAUCUACUGACUAUUUUUUAAGUGGUAGAUAAAUUGAGUGUAACAUUCAUACGAAAGAUUCUGCUUUCAUCUGUCAUGAAGAAAUCAGAGAAUGAAGCCAUAAUUUGUUUAAAUGCCAUCCAUGGCUUUAUUUCUUAGUUUUUCUGGGAAACAUGCUAGGCUUGCCCACAAUGUGGGUUGACUGUAGCCGCAUUUAUGACCGCACCAGUGGCUAUGCUUGAGCAUGUUUGUUACUAAGGCAGGCAUAUGGUUUAAUGUGAUAUGUGAAUGGCUCCUUCAAGUUUUUUCCAUUGCUAUAGCCUUAUAUGGUUUCAGUCCUUCCUUCCCACCCCAUGCAUCAUUCAACCGUUUUAAUAGUUUGUACCGUAAUCAAAUUUUUAAGGUUUAUUUUUAAAGAAUCAAAGAACCAAAGAAUUGGAUUAAUCCUAUUCCCUCUUGGCAAAUACUGGAAACCAGUAGGUAGCUUACAUAGGAAACUACGUAGCAUUAUUAUCUACAUACAUAAGAAAUGUGGAAAUAGUUCUAUGAAUUUAAUUGCCAAUAACUCUGUUCUGCCGUAACUUGUUUGUUGUAAUCCCAAGCCUGGCUGUGUUGAACAAAGAUCUUUGUAUGUAGUAAAUGAUUGUCUAGUUGGGCUUGAAGCUGUUUAGAAUAUUAUAGCAUUAAAUAAGACAAUUGGGAGGGCUUUGGAAUUGCUUUAUAGAUCAGGGUUUUAGCCUAAGAAUGCAGAGCAACAGUCAUGGGCAGUUUAUUUGGUAUAGAUUUUCUUUGUAAUUUUUAUUGAGAAAGAACACAUCUACAGUAUCAGUAGAUGUGACAUGUAUUUUUGGAGGUUAUAUAAAAGGUAAUGGAAGAAAAGUAGUAAGAAAGUAAAAAAAAAAAUUACUAAAGAUUUUUUUUGUCUACAGCACUCCAGACAUACUUCAGUGAAACAAAAAUAUUUUUUUUUUAGAAGGUAGGUUGGCAUUUAUGUUUAUCUUCUGGCUGAUGACUUUGUCUGAAGAUCUUUUGCUUCCGUGGAGUGUCAGUGUGCCCUAAGUAGCAAAAAGAUCCAGUUUUCUCAAGGCUAACUUUUAAUCUCAGAAAUCGUUUGUAAGCGUGGUUAUUCCACCGUCUGUGAUCUAGUAUGGCCAAAUGUCUCUGCUGGGGGAGGCAGGGUGGGUGUUGUGGGCACGAGGAGUUAGGAGUUGCCGUUGUGGGUAUUGCACUUAACCUAAGGCAGGGGUGGGCAACCUGUACAGGGUCAGGGACCACAGUACAGCUUCCUGAUCUGCUGGAGAGCUGCAGGAGGCCUUCCGUUGACAUGGAGAAAUGGGCUGGCCUUUGGAGGGGCAGUGUUUGAGUGGGAAGUGGGGCCAGGAGAGCUCUGGGAGGCAGGUUCCCUUCCCACCAUCAAACUCUGCGACCGUGCCAAAAUGCAUUCGUUUUGAGGCCAGUUUUUGGCAGUGCAAUUUUGGCCCCUUUUUCAGGGUGGUUGGAUAGUGUGAAGGGUGGGAAUGGGAACCUUUUGCUUCCAUUCCCAUUCUUUUUUUGGGGGGGGGGGGAAAGGAAAACUUGCUUUGGCAAAAUCCAGUCGUUUUGCCAUUGAAUUUCAGCAGUGCCGCUGCAGAGAGGUUACAAAUGAGUUCCUGGGAGUGGCAAGAUGCCAACCUCUGUGCCGAAGCAACCGUUGAACAAGGGGUAGGAAGCCUGACAAAGUGCUGCUGAAAGGGAGAAGGGUAGUUUAGGUUUGCUUACAUUUGUGGGGUUGGGAGGGUAAGGAAGACUCCAAGAUGAGCUUCUGGGAAUUCUAGAGGGAAUCAUACAAAUAUUUUUGAUAUUAUAUUUAAUAUAUAUAUAUAUACACAUAUAUACUAUAUUUCUACACAUAUUAAGAGAAUAUAGUCAGCACUCUCCAUAUGCCUUCCAUUAUUUUUAUGUAGAAGUUUCCUUGCUGGUGCAAUGAAUUAUUCCAGUCUGUCACAAUCUGUAGGCUUCCUGCCUGCUGCCAGCUGACAAGAAUAAAAAUGACUGAACAUCCACACAAGUCCAGAGCUGUCAGAUAAAAUCAUGUUAGUUGCUUAAGAAUCUGUCAGAAAAGGUAAUCCUUGUUAACCACUGUGGCUAUAGAGUCACUGGGAUUGCGAAGAGAUGGAGGUAACCGCAUUUAGGGUGGGAUUUGAAAUAAUAAAAUAUUUUUUAAGUGGAAAGAGUCUUGCCAAGAGACCAGAACCUAAAAUAUAAAUAAUGAUGCACCUGGGUAGAUUGGCAAGUCAAAAUUGCUUUUUCUCUGAAAUGCCACACACUUUGUUUCUGCAAGUGGUGAUCACUCUCCUGUAAUACUUGAGUAUGAUAUUAAAUUAGAUAGGCUAAAAUGUGCGCAAAUAUAAGCACUUUAUUGGGGGGGGAGGGGAAAUCUCAUUUUGAAAUAUGAUUUAUUUAGGCAAUGGGACUGUUCACAGAAGAAAGGGGUGGGGUCAGAAUGUAGAAGAGGCAUUGCUGGAAAAUGUUUCUUAACAUUUAGGCUUAAGUCUAAAUACGUGAUUAUGCAGACAUGUAGUAUCGGUUGGCUUUGUACGGAUAUAAAUAAAUACCUAAGCUUUUUUCAGAACUGAUUUUUUUUUUAAAAAAAUAAAUAAAUGUUGCACAAUUGCCAGAGAAUUAUCAACGGGAGGCUUUCAUAUAAUUCUAAGUGGUCCUUAGGAUUAAAUGUGAAGAGGGUUUACAGAUGUGGCCUUUAGUAGAUUGCUUCAGUCACAGGUAUAAUUUGUAUUUUUUAGUGAACACCCAUUUUUGUUGUGUAUGUUUGUAGGUGUGUGUGAUUUUUUUUUAAAAAAAAAUGUUACUGUGUCAUGUGAUGUCAGCAUGCAUGUCAAACUCCUAAAUCAAUUGUCGGAAAUGUAUUGUUGAGAGAUGUAUGUGACGAGACAAGAAGGCCCAGAGGGAGCCGAUUUGAUUUGGAAGAGGGGACGCGUGGUUUCUUCUUCCCUAGCCCCCACGUUAAAAAAAAUUGGAGAUGUUUUCAGAUGUAUACAAUUGUUUGAAGUUGAAUGUUGAACAGUCUGAGCGAGACAAGCUUUGAGAGACAUUUUUAAAAACAUAAUUUGGUUGCUUAUGAAACUGAAUAGUUUAUUGAUACAUAUUUUUUUAACACUACAUUCCUCUGUCUUUAAUAAACAAGUACUUUACAGUCUAUGUUGCUACGCUUCAUGCUUUCUCAUCUGCAUGGGUAUUGCCAGCAGCAUGAUCGGCCGUAUUGCUUAAAAGAUAUUGUACCUGCCAGUAACACACAAACAAAGCAAAAUGAAACACUGUGUAUGAACAAAAUACUGUGUUGCCUGAUAUACAGAUCCCAGCUCUAACUGAGGUGCUGCACUAGUAGACAAUCAAAAUCUAUGGAAGACUUUGGGGUGGGGUGGGGUAUGUUCUUAAAAGAUACAGCUGCUUUGAAAGUGUUUUUUAUUCUUAAAAGUAUUUAUUUUUUAAAUUGUCUAAUUGGAUACUUUUCAGUGUUGAUUUCACAUUGUCUUCGUUUUGCAUUUUUAAAAUUUGGCAUUAGAUUUGUAUAUGUAGGAAACCUGUGUGAUUUUCAUGAUCUGACAUCAGGAACUGUAGAUAUGGAUCCUUAGUGUUCAUGUGAUCAUUUACCAAGUGUCAGUUUUUAACUGAAUAAACAUAACAUUUGAAAUUUC